GAAAGGCUAGCGCGCUAGCUAGCUUAGCUAAAGUGCUUCAGUGCGAAUUUUUUUUUCUAGCUUUUUGAGGCAUUCGUCGAGGCUACGGGAACAGAACAGCGACGCCUGAGCGGAUAGUCAAUUUACUCUUGGUAGAAGCAUGGAUAGGAGGAAAAGGGGAGCGAGGAAAAGGAAACCCGAGGAUGCUUUGGAAAGGGAGAAGGAGGGCCAGGACGCGGAGGAGAAGUUAGACAGGAGGAGGAAGAGGUGUGGAAAUAAGAAGUACAUUGGAGCUCAUGUCAGCAUUAAAGGUGGCAUCUGGAAAGCAGUGGAGUACUGCACCGAGAUGGGUGGCAGCAGCUUCGCCCUGUUCCUGGGCUCCCAGCUGUCAUGGCAGAGGGCUGCGCCGGACCAAAAGGCUGCGGCAAAGUUUCGGGAGCAGUGCAGCCUCCAGGGCUUCGACCCGGCUCACAUCCUGCCUCACGGGCCCUACCUGCUGAACUGUGGAUCUCCCAAAGAUGAUGUGUUCCAGAAGAGCCGGGCCCUGCUGGUGAACGAGCUGAGCCGCUGCAGCCUCCUGGGCCUCGGCCUCUACAACUUCCACCCGGGCUCCUCCCUGGGCAUCAUCACCACUGAGCAGUGUGUGGACAAGAUAGCGAGCAGCAUCAACCACGCUCACUCUGAAACAUCGGCUGUAGUUACAGUGUUGGAGAACAUGAGUGGCCAGGGCAGUACAGUUGGCGGCAAGUUCUCUGAGCUGAAGAGCAUCAUUGACCGAGUGAGAGACCAGACCAGAGUAGGAGUGUGUCUGGACACGUGUCACGCCUUCGCAGCAGGACAUGACCUAGCUGCAGAGGGAGGAGUUAAGGCCAUGCUUGACGAGUUUGACCGGGAAGUAGGUCUCCACUAUCUAAGGGCCAUCCAUCUCAAUGACUCCAAAGGUAAACUGGGAUGUCACCUUGAUUUGCAUGAAGACAUUGGAAAGGGUCACAUUGGAGUCUCCGCGUUCCGUGACAUCGUCAACGAGCCCAGACUGGACAACAUCCCUAUGAUCCUGGAGACGCCUGGACGGCCUGGAUUCACACAUGCUGAGCAGAUUGAACUACUUUAUUCGCUGUGUGAGAAAAAAUAAUUCCUUCUGGUGAAUUAGCAUUGCUAAACUGAAACCUGCAAAGCUACAGUUCACACUUUUCUACGUGUGUUCUAGUUGUACGUUUUUAAGUGUUUGUCCAAAAGUGCUGAGAUGGAUGGAUGAUGAAGCAUGUUGAACAUGAGUGGAAUGAAUGUUUUGUUGUUAAAGUUUUCACCUGAGUUGCGAGGAGCCCUCCUCCUCACAGUGGACCAUUAGGGGGCAGCAGGAACACACAAAUGCAACACUGACCUAAAGGAUGUGGACAGAGGCGCAUUUGAAAAUAAAAAUGGACUACUUUUUUGCACAUUUGCUUUAGAUGGCCACAUUUUUCUAUUGUACUUUAAACUUAAUAAAAUAAAACACAGUUCA